AAACAGCGUCCUCCUCCACAGAGAGAGACUGAAGGACACAGAUAGAUCCAGAAGAUGGCAGUAAUGCAACAAUAAAAGAUUCCAGCUGGUGUACACCGACUGGAGAAGAAGAAGACACGCUGACAAAUCUCGGAACGGGCACGAAGCUGCCUGCAUCAUCCGCCGACCGAGCCAGGAGCCCAACUACCAGAACCGGAGGAAAAAAAAUGGCGUUCACAUUCGCGGCCUUUUGUUACAUGCUCGCUCUGCUGCUCACGGCAGCGCUUAUCUUCUUCGCUAUCUGGCAUAUAAUAGCAUUUGAUGAGCUGAAGACUGAUUACAAGAAUCCUAUAGAUCAGUGUAACACUUUAAAUCCGCUGGUGCUCCCAGAGUAUCUCAUCCACUUCUUCUUCUGCGUGAUGUUCUUCUGUGCGGCCGAGUGGCUCACCCUCUGUCUCAACUUGCCGCUGCUUGCUUAUCACGUCUGGAGGUACAUGAGCAGACCUGUGAUGAGCUGUCCAGGACUCUACGACCCAACAACCAUCAUGAACGCCGACAUCCUGGCGUUCUGUCAAAAAGAAGGCUGGUGCAAACUGGCUUUCUACCUCCUGUCAUUCUUCUACUAUCUCUACGGGAUGAUUUAUGUUCUGGUGAGCUCUUAAACUCGGACGAUGAAGGACAAGGACCUGCAUGUACAGUAGACGACCAGACACUAUGAUCUUAGUGCUGGAACACUGGACCUGCUGGAGACCACCGUUCAGCAACACAAGACGCCAUUUCAAGCGGACGAACUCUCGAUUCCCAACACACACAGCGCAGAGUGUCAUUUCGGAAACAUUUAGCCCGUUUUAAGAGAAUAUCUCGGUCGCAGCGUUCCUCUCAUAAGCACUAUAGUUUAGAUUUUAUGGAAAAUGAGGACAAACCUGAAUGGACAAGUUUUCUUUUUUCCUUUUUUUUUUUUUUAAUUUUUAAUGGUGUGGUGAUUUUUGAUGCUUGGGAUUUGAAUAAAGGUUUUUUUUUUGUUUGUUUUUUUUGUUUUUUCAUCUUGGUUCCAAACUAUUGAGUGUUUACAGAUUAGGUAGACAUUUUCAGGUGUGCAUUAUCUGUGAGAAUCUUGAGCUGUAUGCUGAAUUGCAUUAGCUUUUCUUUUUUUUUUUUUUUUUCCUGUGAUUUAGAUUCUGGGCUUUAACAGCUAAUUUAUACCUGCCACGUGAUUCAUUAUCAUCACUAAAACAACUAAAGAAAGUACAAACUAGACUUCUGUUCUUGCCCACAGAUACAAAUGGUCUUAUCGGGAGCACUUUGGGACUUGAAGGUACUUUUAUGUACAGUGAGGGCUGAAGUGCAUGGGUUAUUAUCACUUAGUGAAGCGUGCUGCACAGGGACAAUCCUAGUCUGGUUGUCGCAUCAGUUUUCAAACAAUCUGAUGUAUUGUUUCCAUACUUCAGACCUAUUUAUCAUCACAUUUGAAUCAUGUAAUCCCUGUUGAGAUCGGUGACAAUAUUUUGUUUUCUUAAGUGUGAAUCCAGAGUAGAGACAGCGAUGUGUAUGUGACCUGUGUUUCUGUAGUCUCGCCCUCGCAGCUAUCCAUGAUGGGAAAGGUAGACUCAACAGUACCAUAAUAAUAAAUCCAGCUGUAGGCAGCAACAGUACGGUUAUUCUCUGCUUUCUGCAUAUGAGCUUCGGUAGGAACUGCUGACGUGCCAUACUGUUGAAUGUACCUUUUUGAAAUUCCUAAACUGUUCUUGUCAUUGUGCAUUUUCGUCCAUUUCAACAUCAAAUAUUCCACAGCGUUAGCAGCUCCAGUGUUUAUUUAUUCAGUGUU